AUGCGCAGUAAGCUUUGCUUCUGGCGCAAGAAGCAGUGCCCUCUCGGUUCCUUGCCUGCUUCAUCUAAAUGUACGUUUUCCUUUUCUUCUUCUUCUUCAAGUCCCCCGAGUGGGCCAGGCCCUGUCACAGCCUGUUCACUUGAAACCACGCCCUCCCCCCCUUCUUCAAGUCCCCCGAGUGGGCCGGGCCCUGUCACAGCCCGAGAGUAUCGGCGGAAGUUGGAAGGGGACGAAGAGCUGUAUUACGUGUGGAGCGAGAGCCCGCUCGUGAAGGAGCUCGAGGCCGUGGCGGCGGCGGAGGCGGCGGCGGCAGCGGAGGCGGCAGCGGCAGAGGUGGCGAGGGCGGCGAUGAGGGCAGCGUGGGAGGCAGACGAGGCGUUGCAUAGGGAGAAGAUGGAGAGCGACGUGGAGUAUCGGCGGGAGUGGGAGGCCAAGAGGGAGAGGCACCGGACGACGCGGGGGCAGGGCGGCAUUGGAACGGGACCGGGGAUGGCUUGUCGGAGGGACAAGGAGUGGGCGAGGGAAUGGGACGAGAGGAUGGCGAGAAAGCGGCUAGCAAUGGAUCUUGCUAAUGCUUCCUAA